CUCUCGAGCGCCGGCCCCAGGAUGACAAUCACAUCCCGAGCGCGCCGAUCUCCUCAACUUUCCUCCCUGGCUAACUCGGGGCGGAGCGGCAGUCUCGACGCUCGGCGGGCCCCGAUAACGGGUCCGGCCGCUGGAAAGCACAAAGGGAACGGAGCCGCAGGCUGCUCGGGCGAACGCUCGGUGCUCUCCUCUCCUCGCUGUGAGCGGAUUUCUUGUUCUCCGGGAGGCUGGGCUACGAGGUGGUUCGCCACCCACUCCCCACUGGCUUCUCCCUCAAGCCAGGGGUCCCUGGAGCGAGUUGGAGAUCCGGGAUUAAGGUCCCCGAGACAGCCAAUGGAUGCCGGCGCCCUGGGCGCAGGGAGUCCGGGAUGACUGCCCCUCUGCGCUGGCAGCAGCAGAAGCAGCAGCGGCAGCAGCAGCAGGUGGGCGAAAGCCAGGCCUCGGCUCGGCCUUCUUUCCACUGACCGCCCGGCGGGACAGCGAGGGAGGCGACACUGGGGUCCUGGGACUGCCGAGGUAGCCUUUUUCUAGAGGAGAGGUAGUGGGCAAGAACUACCAAACGGAGAAGGUGCUACACUGGAGUAGGUCCCCAGACCUCCUCGCCCCCCCCACCUCCCCUUCCACCCCCCUGUGGCGCAGAGCGUCCUUCUGCCGGUUUUCCUUGGGCAGCUCGCCCUGCUAGCUCGGUAGUGGCGGAGGAUGCGGGUCCCCUUCCCUUUUGUUCAACUAAGUUGCCUUGCCUUUCACAUGCACUCUCGCACCCGCCCAAGCUCCACUGCAAACACUAGGCAGAGCAGUGCCCAACCCAACCACUGUUUGUUCAGCGAGGCGCUGGCAAGACAAACACAACUGAGUCACAGGCAGAGCCCUUGCCCACCACGGCCACUCAGUUAGAAUACAAAACAGAUCCUCUCCCAAUCUCUCCGCCUCCCGCCGCCUCAAGUCACCGACGCACUCGAACUCUGGGACAGACAGGGGCGCUGGUGAACCAGACAGGGGCCUGCCCAGUGUCGGGCACUGCGGUCGAGUUCUGUGUAUCAGAGACUUCGUGAGCUUUUAUAACGGAGCCACACGCCACCGAAGCACAACAUAUACAAAGUUUCUUACAAUGACUUUGACGCGCAAGACACACUUUAUAUCCUGAGCUUCAGCCAGAGCAAACACUAACCCCCAACUCCCCACACUGGCACCCGCCCGGCGGCGCGCCUUCACGCACGCGCGCUGACUCCUCCCCUCCGUCUGCUCCCCAUUGAGGUUCCGCCCCUCAGGCCGACAGAGCGCUCCGGACUACAGUACCCGAGAGCCUCUCGGUCAGCCCCGCCCUUCCCGUUACACGGCCUUCGCCUCUGAUUGGCCGCCGUCUUCCAUUGGCUCCGCCCCGUGAUGACGCAGACUCGCUUCCCUCCGAGUCCCGGCACCGAAGGGGCGGGGCCGGGCGGGGCUUCGGUGGCACUAUUGUCAUGGAGACGAGAAGCCGACGGCAGCGUGCAGCCGGGACAGGAUUCGGGGCGGAGGGGGUUGCGAGCCCGCCGACACUGGAGCGAGGCGCAGCGGCCAGCACAGCCCGAACCCGGGAAGCGCGGAGCAGGCCAGUGGCGGCCUCUCGGCUCACCCUCCAGGGCUCGGGGCGGUCGUGGUGGCGGCAGGGAGCAGCCGGAGCGUCCCCGCCCCGCUGCCUGGGCUCCCGCCUCCCGCGGCCGCGCGGCUCCUCGGCGCCCGCCCCCGGCUCCGCCCGCCGCCACCGCUGCAGCCCUCAGCGCUAACGGUCGGUGGCAGCCCGCGUGCGCCGCCCGCCGGGGACUCGCGCCUGCCACGAGGGAGCGUCCGCGUCCCGCGAGCCCGCUCCGCGGAGCAGAGGAGUCCACAGUUCCUGAUGGAUCUAGUGUCCUGGCUGUAGGAAGAGGAGAGUCUGCAGACAGGAAGUUCACCACCCACUCACGGAGCAGCCGUGUCCUUAACGGAUCCGGUGGAAUCUGCAAGGUGUGGAGUAUCAGCUCAUCAUCGGUCACACAGAUGGGUAAACCAAGUCCCCUUUCCUGCAUCCGCCUCCCACACGAGCGCAGUGUGUAGUGAUUAAUUUCACUUUCUGUGUCUCAAUCCUUGAGCCAGAAGGCUUCUGCGGAGGCUCCUGACUCAGGGAAACCUGUUUCCUGGAUCAUCUCGGUUAGACACACAGCUGCCGCCAAGACGCUCCCUUUGCAAGCACGGGUUUUAAAUUAUGGCCAGUCCAGAGGCCGAGCUGGAAGAACACCUGUCAGGGACGGUUUUUCUACCAGGAGAUGGUCUCUUUCAUCGCAUUUCACUGUAGUUCAGAGAAAGGUUCAUUUGAAAAUGUGGCACCUGCUUCUAGGAUUCAAGCUCCUCUGCUGAAACACCAGUUUGGAAUUUAUUUCUGACGUUAUUCUAUGGUGCAACGAGAAACUGCGACAAAGUGUCUAAAAGGGAAGGAAGGACUUUCCCAGACUUGAUUUGCAACUUUCCCUGGUGAAAAAAAAAAAAA